AUGAACCCCUCCGAGUUCCAUGGCGGCAUCGACCCAACCGUAGCCGAAGAAUGGAUCAAGUCGCUCGAAGUGAUUUACGACUAUAUGAAAAUGACCGACCAGGACCGAGUUCAUUGUGCCAUAUUCCUACUUCGGAACGAGGCUCGUCAUUGGUGGGAAGGAAUUAAAGAAGGGGUGAACCUCGAGAACCUGUCGUGGGACAAUUUCAAGAUCCAAUUUUUCGAAAAAUACUUCUCGAAAGACGUGCGAGCUCACAAACUCAGAGAAUUCCUCGAACUCCGUCAAGGCGACUUAUCAAUGAUCGAAUACAUCCGACGUUUCGAACGGGGCUGCCUCUACGCCCCAUUCAUUGCUCGAGACAACGAGGAAAAGAAGAACCAUUUCAUUCGCGGCCUCCAACCCGACCGACGCCGCGACCUUCCGACAAUUGGUGGAUAA